GGUAGCCGUUGUUACAGAACUGCUGGGGAGACCUUCCUCCUCACGCUCUUAAGACUCUGCUCUUAUAAUGGCCUUGGUCUAUCGACCAAUGAUGCAGUUAGGUGGCAUUCUCUUCUCACUGUUGGGAUGGGUCCUAUCCUGUCUCACUACCUACUUACCCCAGUGGAAGAACCUUAACUUGGAACUAAAUGAACUGGAGAUCUGGACCAUGGGACUCUGGCAAGCUUGUGUUGUCCAGGAAGAAGGGGGAAUGCAGUGCAAGGACUUCGAUUCUUUCCUAGCUUUGCCUCCAGAGCUCAGGUUUUCUAGGAUUUUGAUGUUUUUUUCCAAUGGAUCGGGGUUUUUGGGCCUCUUGCUCUCGGGAUUUGGGUUGGACUGUUUGAAAAUUGGUGAAAGACAACAGGAACAAAAGAAACGGCUGUUGCUGUUUGGAGGAAUGCUCUUCUGGAUAUCGGGGAUUACAGCUAUUGUCCCAGUUUCUUGGGUUGCCCAUUCCACAGUCCAGGAAUUUUGGGAUGAGAAUAUACCAGAUAUUGUUCCCAGGUGGGAUUUUGGGGAAGCGUUAUUUGUUGGCUGGCUUGCUGGAUUUUGUCUUCUAUUAGGAGGAGCCUUACUUAAUUGCACAAUCUGUUCAACUGAAGUCCAUCCAUCUUCGGUCCAUUAUACAGUAGCAGAACAGCAAGAUCAGUGUCAACACUUGGAAACUGAAACUAGGCCUUAAAAUUGAAGGUUUUAAGUAGUACAGAAAGACUGCCCUAUCUUUUUCAAACUCUAGUGCAAGCCAGAAGCUUGUUCCAGUAGUAAUUCAAAGGACUCUUUGUUACCUAGCUGAUUUCCUAAAUUUAUGUCUGUUUUCUCCAUAAUUGGUAUUGGAAGGUGGUAUGUUUUCUCACCUGCAGAACUGUUUAAAACUUUGUUUCACUGCAGAACGCUGACAUUUUCAUAGACUGCACAGAAAAGGUGUGUUUGCUUUCUCACUGCACUGUAAAAUCCUGAAAAUGAAUAUGCACGUUCCCUUACAGCUUGGCUUUUAACCAAAGUAUGCUUCCUUUUCAUAUGCAACCAAUUAAAUUAGCCUCAAAGCUGGACUCCCUGUUGCAAUUAUCCACUUACCUAAUGCAGUGAUGUACCAACUUGAGUGUUUUCACACCCUAAAUAGUCUAAAUACAUGCAUUGCAUCAAAUUGUUUUUCUGUGUACUUGGAAAUGUUGUGCUAAGAAAACUGUAGGUUUCUGAAAUUCUAGCAAGCUUUGCAGAUGUCUUUUCGUGCAUGGGGUGUUAUGAGGGGGAUGCUUUUUAUCAAAGAAGUUGUGUUUUCCCAGUCUAGCACCUUAAGCUGCCCGUACAAGUUAUUCUAUGCAUUUUUGGCACCUGCAUACUUUAUGCACCAAAAAUAGGCUGAGAAAUGCUGCUUUAAGAAAAAAUAUUUAACCUGUAUUGAAGAAGAUCAUGUAUUGAAACAUUAUGCAUGCUAUCAGAGGUUCCUUAAACUCCAUUCACUUACGACACCAUGGUGCUCUGAACAUCUAACCUUUGACUUCAAACACAUUAUAUUUAACAGGCCACAAAGCAGAGAGCUUCAGUUGCUCUAAGUAGAAAUGUAUCAAUGUGGUAUUAAAACUUAGUUUAGUAACAAACUGUGAGAUGCUAAAAUUAGCAGAACUGUUGUAAUACUUUAGCAGACUAAUGGAAAGCAAAAUGCAUGCUUUUCUUAAAAAAACAAAAUUAGUGAAAGGUUUGACCAGCUGUGGCCAUACCCUUCAGCUACUGGUUUACCUUACUACCUCCCUAUCCCCCAAACACUGCACAUGGAACCAGGCAACACAAAGCAGGAGGGGGAGGAGUAUUUCAUGCUUUAUAAAGCAUUGUUUUAACAUUUGCUUAUGUUCAGUAUGACAAAGAAUUGAGCAGAACCAUGACUGCAAAAGCAAGCAGUUUAGUGCUGCUGUGACUGCUAAAAAGGAGCUUAGCCCAGACACAGGCUAUAGUGAGUUGAAUUUCUGUUGUCUGUACUAGGAUGGAUUUUUAACUGGUACCUCUAACUAUUUACCAGACUGGAAAAAAAUCUCAACUUAGACUUAAAUGUACUGGAACUUGGACCAUGGGACCCUGGCAAACCUGUGUAGUUCAAGAUGUAGGAGGAAUACAGUAUAAAGAUUUUGAUUCUGUCCUAGCUUUGCCUCUAGAAUUCAAGAUUUCCAGGAUUUUAGUAUGGACUAGGACUUCUGAGCCUUGUGAUCUCUAGUCUUGGUUUGGAUUGCCUAAAGA